AUAUACAAAGGGGCGGGACUUAGCUCACCCAGGUAGCGGCGCCGCCGCCGCAGUCCCCGCCGGGGUCGCGGACGCUGCGGUCGAGCACCGCGGACGAGAUGACGGUGGGGAGGCGAGCGGGAGCCCCCGGCGGCGCCCGGGACCUGCAGAUAUUUCCGCCCAGAUCCUCCUCAGACACGGAGGCAGAAGAGGAGCAGCCUGGGUAUGGGCUGGCUUUGCCUGGGGCUGGAGGACUCGAUGAGCUCCUCAGCCCAGAGGAGACAGAUUCCACUUCUCCUGACUCAGCUGGGAGCUUUUAUGAGACCCUGCGAGCCCUGGGGCAGAAAGGCCGGUGGUGCCUGUCGGAAUCCCUUCAUCCGUCUGACCCAGGCAGUGAUGGGAGCCUCUCUGAAGACGAUGAGGACCUGGCGAGUUUCUUCCAGAACAAAGGCAGCGGGGAGCCGCAGGUCCAGCGCCCCCCAUCGCCAAGGUGCGGCUACCCACGGCGCUGCAGCUCCCUGAGCAGCCUGCCCUCCGACAUUCCCAAGGCUCAGUCCCAGGCACCCACAGGCUCCCGGCCUCCUUCCCAGCACAGAAGCCUCAGCUCCUGGGCAUCCUCCAUCACUGUUCCCCAGCCGUUCCGCAUGACGGUGCGCGAGGCCCAGAAAAAGGCCCAGUGGCUGGCCUCGCCUGCCUCCUUCGAGCUCGAGAGGCAGCAGGCCCAGAGGCAGGGCCAGGAGGAGGCCGAGUGCCACCGGCAGUUCCGAGCACAGCCCGUGCCUGCGCACGUCUACCUGCCCCUCUACCAUGAAAUCGUGGCGCGCAGCGAGGCCCGAAGGCAGGCAGGGAUCCAGAAGAGGAAAGAACUGCUGCUCUCGUCUUUCAAACCCUUCAGCUUCCUGGAGAAGGAGGAGCAACGGACGGAAGCCGCUGAGCAGAGGGACCUGGCCGCCAGUGCUCAGGCUAAGGCCUCCAAGCCGACUGCCUCGAGAAGGAUCCCCAGGUCCAUUCUGGAGCCAGCUCUCGGGGACAAACUCCAGGAAGCUGAGCUCUUGAGGAAAAUUCGCAUCCAAAUGAGAGCCAUGGACAUGCUCAAGAUGGCCUCCUCCCCCGUCAUCUCCUCCAGUCUCAGGGCUGACCCACAGCUCCGCACGGCCACCCGGACCUGGCAGGAGAAGCUUGGGUUCCUGCAGACUGACUUCGGGUUCCAGCCGCGGGUGAAUCCUGCCGUCCCUGACUACGAGGGCCUCUACAGGGCCUUCCAGAGAAGAGCUGCCAAGAGGAGGGACACCCGAGAGGGGACUCGCAACAAGCCCUUCUUGCUGAGAACCGCCAGCCUGUGUCACACUCAGCGGCCCUGUGAUGCUGCCGCCGCUGGAGGGAGGAAGGACUCCCCACAGCCACCGGCUGCUCCCCGGCCCAGGAGCCGUUCUCUGAGUGGCCUUGCUUCCCUCUCUGCCAACACCCUACCUGUGCACAUCACAGACGCCACCAGGAAGAGGGAAUCCGCAGUCAGAAGUUCACUUGAAAAAAAGAACAAAGCGCAAGAGAGUACUCAGUGGUUGGAGAUGCAUAAAAAGAAGUGUCAAGCAAUGUCCAAAUCGGUGACCUUGCGUGCAAAAGCCAUGGAUCCCCAUAAAAGCCUGGAGGAGGUAUUCAGAGCAAAGCUGCAAGAAAACCGGAACAAUGACUGUAAAAGAGCAAGAGAGUAUAAGAAAGAACUGGAGGAAAUGAAAAAGAGAAUACAAACGAGGCCAUAUCUCUUCGAACAAGUUUCCAAGGACCUUGCCAGGAAAGCAGCAGAACAAAGGUAUCAAGACACCCUGAAGCAGGCGGGGUUGGAUGAAGACUUUGUGAGGAACAAGGGUCAGGGCGCCAGGACCGCACAGGGGAAGGCGCAGUUGGAAGUGCAUGGCUGUCCCAGCACCCACGAAACUACAAAACUCGGCAUCAGAAACCCACAGCAGGAUUUAGAAGAGCCUCGGGAGCAGCCUGCGAGCCCCAAGGAGGAGCAGGAGGAGCUGGCUUAUGAAUCGCUAGAUAGUCUCGAACCACCUGCCGAACCAGUGCACUUAAUUACUACUUCUCAAUAAUAUUAGCAACCAAAGUGAGGUCAGAUCAAGGCAAGGGAAAACUUGGGUCUUGAGUCAUGGCUAUUCUUGGAGAAUGGGGAAAAGUAGCAGAUAUCAGGGAAUGGUUCAAGUAAAUCAAAGUGAAGCUCAGGGUGGAGGGAACAUACCUGAGCUAAAGGUUCUUACUUUGUGCCCCACACUUAAAUAUUAGGGACAGAAAAAGGGCACAAGCCCCAAGGCUAGUCAGAAAAUAAAUGGGUUGAAUGGGCUGGCUGUAAGGGAGUAGGGGACAGUAGAGCUGGAGUCUCUGCUGGAAUACAGGCCUCGAAUUGCCAGAUUAACUGCAUUUUCAACAGAAACCAGAAUUACUUGGAAAUACUAUACAGGCAAAAUAAAACACUUGGGGGAUGAUAAGUUUGCAACCUCUAGUACAGGGUUUCUCAGCCUCAGCACGAUGGACAUUCUGGGCUAGAUGAAUCUUUGUUGGGUGCAAGGACAGGGAGUCCUGUGCAAUGUGGGAUGUUUGCUGGCCUCUAAUCACUAGCUGGCAGUAAUGUCCUCCAGUUGUGACAACCAAAUAUGUCUCUAGAUAUUGCCACAUGUCCCUAGGAAAGUUGGGAGCAAAAUGUUCCCAGUUGAAAACCACUGCUCUAGUAUAAGAGUGAAACCACAGGAAGUAAAAACUGGCAUUUUAAGAAUACAAGUAAUACAUGAACUCAAUCUACAUAGCACGAUUAUACUUGUCAUUAACAAAUUGAGAACUAUAAUUUAAAAAAGCAGUUCUUUCCUGUUAUAUAUUUAGAAUGUUAUCUGUGAGCAUGUGUGUGUCAGCAUGAGGUUCACUUUAAAUAAAUCUGACAGCCAUGAUUUUCUACUAGUAAGUGAUCUUUGGAAUACUUCUCACUAACUAUAAUUAGAUGUUUUCUCAGUAGCUGUAGAGACAGAAUAAUAGCAAGAGUGCCUACUCUAACAGAAGCACCUUUCUCAUGUGUUUUUUUAACUUUCUGGGAAAAUUCAUUGCUAAUUUUCCAGACUGUCAUGGUUCUUUCUGGUGAGGACAGAGUGACACUUGGGCAAUAGCUAUCAUCUGGGUUUGGUAGUUAGAGAUGAAGAUAUUCAUGUCAUGUUCCCCAAGACUCCUGAGCUGUCUUACCUGCAUGGAAUCCUAAGGGUAAAUCAAUACCUUAUCUUAAAGGUGAAGACUGAACUACUUUCUUAAUCUUCUAAGAGAACAAAUUCUGUCUAAAAACAAUCCAAAGAACUGACUGGGCUAUUUUGUUUAUUUAAAGGGAAAACAACUGUAGUUCUGAAUCAUGUGAUUUAACUUAAAAAAAAAAAAAGCCCUUUAAACAUGCUACUGUAUGUUCCA